AUGAGGAGAUCAGGCAAAGAACAAGGCGAAUAUAUACCAGCACCGACAACAUCGAAUCGAGACAGCUACUAUGGUAUGGGCCAAAAAAUGGCCAAAAAGGGCAAUGUAUCGUCCACAAAGCAGAAGGAAAAGAGGAAGACCUACAACUACGUGGGCCCAAGGAAGGAUCCCAAUAACUACCGGGGAAUUUCAGUCACCAGCACUAUGAGUCGGCUCUAUGAAAAGAUACUGAGGAACUUAAUUGAAGAGGAAUACUCCAGCUACGAAGAAGAAAAGCAGAAUGGUUUCAGAGGCGGAAGAUCAUGUACAGAUAAUAUCUUGCAUUGA